UUGCGGAAAAGCUGCCAGACCUGUCAAACUCUUUUUGCAUUUGUACUUUGCAUGCGGAGUCUGGAGCUUCUAAAACAAACUUGAGAUGGUGGCCCUUUCUUCCAAAAGGCACAGAGCUCUGUCUUCAGCCAGCAGAAUGGAGCUGCCCUGGAGGAUUGGGCUGUUUCUGAACUUCAUUAGCUACUGUGUGUCCACAGGUAACGACUGUGUCGUCGGCGUCGCUGGGGGAUCCUCUGUGCUCUUCUGUGUCUACGGUGGAGCGCGGGGGAUCCAGGGGAGGUAUCUGGCCAUCGAGUGGAGGACGGGGGGCGCUCUGGUUCACGGCUUUGUGACUGGUGCUGACCAGCUGGGCCACCAGGACCCCUUGUACAGCAACAGGACCCAGCUGUUCCCCGCCGGGCUGCAGGAAGGCAACUUCUCCCUGCGGCUGUCCGGUAUCAUGGCCGGAGACGCUCAGGACUACGGCUGCUACUUCACUGACAGCGGGGAGGGCCCAUUGCAGCACCUGUGCUCUGUGUGUCUCGCUGUGGCAGUGGAUCGAUCAGGCCGCGGAUCUGGACUGCUGAUCCGUCCCGCGAGUGCCCUGACAUCAGGGCGGACUGGCUGGGAGGGAAUGUGGCUGUGCGGCACAGUGCUGUGCGUGAUGGUGGCCAUCCUGGUGGCUGGAGUCCUGCUGUAUCAGAACAGGCUGGACAGGAAAUCAGAGAGGACACCCCAAGCAGAUCAAGAGAAUCUGGAAGCAGGAUACAGCGAGGGGAUCGAGGAGGACUAGGACAGAGUGGUCCUGACAGAGAUGGAUCUGUAGCCGAAGGAGCUGACCAGGAGAGAGGCAAGCUGUUGCCAGGGGAGUUGCAGGAUCAGCUGUCACAGGGCAACAUUCACAGAAGGAAGAGGCACGUAGCCUCUAUAUACAGAGUUUUCCACAUACCGUAGCUCUAAGUGGACUGAAAUUAGGGAAGCUAUUGAGCUUGAAACGCAAAGUUUGAGUGACACUUUCCCAGGACUACGUUUAUCAUGAACAUGUGCUCUGGUCUGCCAUCUCUCUGUCAGUCUCAAUCUGGACAGGACCUCAGACCUACUUGCAGACUCCCUCUGUGUCCAUGCUUUAUCCCUACAGGAGCAAUACUGAGUCAGCUCGAGUCUCAGGCUGCCAUCAAUAAUAAUCAAUUAUUUAUUUCAAAUAGGUACUUUAGAGAUGCUACUGAUCCCUGCCACCACCACCAGAAUAUCGGUGUUUGUGCCAUCCAGUUUAGCACGGGCAUAUUAGUGUUUCAGCAGUGUUUAAUUAAUGGAUUUGUGGAUUUACAGAUCUUGUAAAAACAGCAAAUCUAAAACCAAUAGAUGUGCAUAGCUUGUUUUUUUGCAUCGUGCCUUAAGGUCACAAAGGGCCAAUUGAGAGAGGUUUCUGAAUGCAUAGGUAGAAAGUAAUGGUGUAACUGACAAAGAGCACCUGGCUGAGAUUUGACGGGUGAAUGUGAUGAAUUACUACUACAAUACUUCGUGUCAGCAACUGGUGGGACAGUUUUAUCCUGAGCUGUUGCAAACAGAGUAGAAGAAGAUUCCGUUUGGGGUUAAUUACAAUUGCUAGAUGACCAGAUUGGUUUCUUCUCAACAAAACUAAGCUGCAUGUGUAACAGCCAAAGUUGUCGUAUCUGUAGAAAACACUAGGGAGGCUGAAGCUGACUCCUAAUAGUGUCUUACCUUCAGACUGCUCCUGCUCACACAGAACACUGCAGCCCACCUUGUCUUUAAUCUCCUCAAACACUCUCAUGUUCCUCCUCCUUGUCUCUCUACAUCAGCGUCUGGCCCACAUCAGAUUCUCUACCUUGGUUUGGGCUUGAAUGGCUUCCAAAGGGACUAAGCCUGCAUACCUCCCAACCUGAAGGAUCUGCUUCAUCACCCCGACUACCGGUGUCAUCACUGACGAGCUCUGAGUCCUGGGUCCGUGCUGCCCCCUAGAGGUGAAAUAAUCUACCUGCCACAGUCAGAACUGCAGGCUCACUCCCCAUCUUCUGAAAGAAACUGAAACCUGCUCUUUUCAGAUACAGUACCUGACCCCAGAGACCUGUGACUGACCAUCACUUACUGACUCGGCUCUUAUGUCACCACUUCCUGUCUGUCAAGCAGCACUGAACCAUCUCAGUGAUCUGCAACAUCCUGGCACUUGAUUAAUACUGUGCUGACUGUGUUCUGUGGGUUUAUGGCAGUUUUAUUUCACUGCCAUCUUCACCUUUUGCAUCUUGACUGGAUGUGAUUGUGACUUGCAUUGCAAAUGUCAGGACAUUUACAGUGUAUAUAUCCAUCAAGAAAAUGCAGACUUGCUUUUUCCCCUACAGUGAGUGCACUUAAAGCACCUGCCGAAGUUUCAUCACUGUGAAUCACGAGGGAGCCCUUGUCUGGGUAGAAGAUAUCUGCGCUGGUUGGAAAAUGUGAACUAAGGCAGAAGUUCAACCUACCUGUCACUGAAUUCCACUACAGUUUCACUUGUCAUACAAGAGCCCAUCACACAGUGAUCUGAAUCAGAGGUGAUCCACACUGAAGGGGAUCAGGCUAAACCAGCUCUUUCCUUAAUAAAAACUAAGUUCUUCUCACUGGAGAAAUGCAAUCAGUCAGAAAUGUAACCCCAUUGAACAAAUGUGUCAGAAAAGUAAUUAAGAAGCUUAUCACUCAUACCAUACCAUUGUAUUAACCAUAAAAUACUUUUUUUUAUUCCA